CAUGCUCUGCAAUAUUAGAUAUCAUAGAUCAGCAUUGCCUUGAUUCAUUCCCAGUUGCUCUUGCUCUUUGCAUACACAUUACGGAAUACGCCGAACAUUAAACCCUACCUAGACAGUCACAUGUACACCAUGUCCAAGAACACACAAUCCAAGAUCAUCUCGAGAGGCCCGCUGGACCCCUCCGAAGCCAAAUGGGCCCGACUUGUCAAAACCACCUACGCCGAUCCCAACGGCGUCGAACGGACCUGGGAGUCUUCCGAACGGACGACUCGCCCGGCAACCUGUGAGAUCGAUGGCGUCGGGAUUGUGACCAUCCUGAACAAGGAGACCGGUCCAGAGCUGCUCCUGCAGAAGCAGUACCGGCCCCCGAUUGACAAGGUCGUCAUCGAGGUGCCUGCCGGCUUGAUUGAUGCGGGUGAGACGGUGGAGGAGUGUGCGGUGCGCGAGCUUAAGGAGGAGACGGGGUAUGUGGGUGUGGCGGAGCAGACGAGUAGUGUCAUGUUCAAUGAUCCUGGGUUCUGCAACACUAAUCUGAACAUGGUCCAUGUGCGGGUGGAUAUGUCCUUGCCUGAGAAUCAGUACCCGAAGCCGGAGCUUGAGGAUAACGAAUUCAUCGAGUGCUUUACAGUGCCCCUGUCGACGCUCUUUGACGAAUUGAAGAGGCUCGAGCGCGAAGGUUAUGCUAUUGAUGCCCGGGUGGGUACGAUAGCGGAAGGCAUUGAACUUGCAAAGAGGUUUAAGCUUUGAGGUAGCUGUAAAAGGCUUCGGAUUACGGAUGGUCUACGUCCAGCUCUACGGAACUUCGAAGGUGUGAGGGCUUGACAACUCUCGUGCGCGGAGAGACAUCUGCUCUGGCUCUAGAGUUUGCCCUCCUCUUUGAGCCCCUUGUAAAUCGCCCACGCGGCAAGGGUCUUCCCAUCUCGCAAACCCUCCUUCCAUAGAUCCUUCAAUGGCACCACCUUCAGCGUGAUCUUUUCCCCGUGCUGCCGUAGCCCAGUCAGCCUACCCUGCAGAUCAUCAAUCUCUUUGCGCGCCAUUCGCUUCUGGCACAGAAAUAAAGGUAUGAACUCGUCACUGCCGCCCGCCGAGGGGUACAUGGCCCUCUGCAACGACUCCUCGUCAUCUGCGACGACGCUCGACUCCAGCGCCAAGGCAGUCAAAUCGAUCAAUUCCUCUUGGGGUAUUGUCAGACCGGUUUCCUCCUGAAUCUCUUUCGCUGCACCUCCCGC